ACAAUAUAGCAUCCGUGUAAAGUUCUAGAGAGGAAGCAGGCGUAGAAGUAGGCGAGGCCUAUCACCGCAGUAGGCGUGUUCCAAACCGGACCUGCUGGUUUACCCGCUGUGCUGGCUAACUUCUAACAUUAUCGGACUUGAAACGGAAGCGAACGUUGCCAAAUUCAGAAGCAUAAAAAAAUGACUCAACCAGAAGAAAACAACCAAGGUCUUCCACCAGAGUUAUUCAAGUUUGAUAAAUUGGAAAAUUCUGACCAAGCCCAUCUGAAGAGAGUAUAUGGCUGUCUUGCAAUAUCCAUGUUCACCGCCUUUGCUGGGGCCUACAUUCAGCUUUACACAGGAUGGCUCCUGGCUGGUAUUCUGAUCACAAUCACUGCCUCAAUCGGACUGAUAUUUCAGGCUGGUAUUCUGACCGCAAUUGCCUCAAUCGGACUGAUGUUUUGGCUUAAAUCAACAAGUUACUCAAAGGAGAAUGAAACUAAGAGACUGGGUAUCUUUGCUGGUUUCACAUUCCUCUCGGGAAUGUCUCUUGGAUCUCUCCUGAACAACGUCAACAUGGUAGACCCAAGCAUCAUUGUAACAGCCUUCUUAGGGACUUUAGUCAUCUUCAUCAGCUUCUUACUAGCAGCUCUGUAUAAUACCAACCGUACCUACCUGUACAUGGGAGGGUUUCUGCUGAGUACAUUGAGCUGUAUGUGCCUGGCUAGACUCUUCAACAUUUUCAUUGGGUCAAGGCUAAUCUGGGAGGUUAUGCUGUAUUCCGUUCUGUUUAUCUUCUGUGCCUUUGUGCUGUAUAAUACCCAGCUGAUUGUAGAGAAGAAGCGAAAGGGAGAUGAUGACUACAUCUGGCACAGUGUGGAUUUGUUUAUUGACUUCAUUCAAAUCUUCCGUCGCCUCCUCAUCAUUCUCUCCAACAAGGACAAGAAAAAGGAAAAGAAUUAAGCAAUGGGGGAAAGAGGAGCUUUGGAGGAAGGCUGGCAUUGAGAUGACCACAGAAAAUGUAUCCGAAGGAAAGUUCUACAUUCCUGAAAUACAGGAUUAUGGAUAGCACGCAUGAAGUAUUACAGGAUUCCAUUGAUAAAUAUUUGGUGAAAAUAUGCUGUGGAUUGUGGGGAGAAGAACUUCUUUGACCCAUUUACUUUUUUUUUUCUUUUUAAUUACCAUGCAUGGAAACUUCGUAGUUUUGUAUCAUCCCUGUUUUUGACAAUCUUUUGAAUUUGUUUGAUGUUUUCUUUGCUUUAAUAUUCAAUUACCAGAAUUAAAGAUUGGUACAAGUUAUUGAAUUAUCUGAACUGAAAAUCUAUGACUAUAAAUUAACUUACACAGUAUAUUUUAUAGAGAUUCAUUGAAAAUAAUAUGGUUCAACAAAGUUUUGAUUAAAAAUCAUUUUUACAAUCACAAAUUUACGCUUUCUAUUAACAAUAUGUCAUUGUUUCAUUUACUGAUUUCUACCACAAUAGGUGGAUGUUAUUCAACUUUCAAUGCAUCCAUUGAUAUUGUUACAACAUACAUGUACAUUUUAUGCCACACUUGGAAUAAAUUGUAAAUGUGUUUUGAUUGGCAGACAGGGUGAACUUUGACCAAGACUAAUUUUUAAUCACUUGAUUCAUAGCAUUUUAAUUGGCUGACUCGUGAAGGUCACUUCACAUGGCCGUAGAAAUGAGCAGGUAAUAGUUUUUUCUGAUGAUUGAUUUAAUAAAGAUUUGUGAUAUAAAAUUUCGCACAUAUAUCUGAAAUCUUCAGUUUUGCAUAGUGAUUCGCUGUACUUCAUUACCUGCAAAACUAUCCUUAUGCCCCAAAUAUAAAAAACAAACACACAAUUCAUCCUCGUCGUAGCUUUUUUUAUUGUGGUAGAAACAGGUCACACAAACUUGUGAUUGUUGCAUGGAACAUUCCUUUCACUGUCAUUAGUUAUUUUUCAAUUAAAAAAAAAAACAUUAUUAAUAAAGCUCAUGCUUUUUGUAACGUUUAAAAAUAACUAAUCCUAGUGAAAGAAAUACCAUGAUAUACGACAAUUACUUGUGCUUUAAUCUCUAUUUAUUUAUUGCUGUUGUGAAAGAAUUUAUGUUUCAUUUUUAAUACUGUUUGAAACUGCACUCUAAUGUAAACAUUUUGAGAAUGUUCAAAUUAAAUCUUAAAAUUCAACCAAUAUAUUAUUUUCUUAGUCCUUGUGUCUCCACUGAUGACAGGAGAUCAUGUGGUCACGGUGACUGUCAAAUUAUUUUUAUUGAUACACAAAUUUUUGAAAGAUUUCUAUUUGUCACAUGAGCUUGAAAGCACAUAAAACUCAAAAGAGGAUGAUACAGCAGUGUCAAUGUACAGAAAGCUACUUCUCAUGUAAUAUUAGAUAUAUUAUAGAUGUAUAAAUCAUUAGAUACAAUAUAUAUAUGGAGUUUGUUUAUAUAAAGGCUAUUCUGUAAAUUUGAUUCAAUCUUCGAAAAUUCUAGCUAGAUUUUCUUAUUCAACAUAUUUUGUAAAUAUGACUUAAUGUGCUUUACAUUAAAAUUGUAUGUUACAUUAUAUUUUAUAAGGGAAUUUACCUUGCAGUCUUGCUUUUCAUUUCACACCUUAAACCUGUGUUGUAAUGUGGAAUAUUUUUCAUGUUGAUUUAUAUGGUUGCUCUUUUCCUCCUGAAACAAAAACAAACUGAUUUAACUUGGAUAAGAAAAAAUAUAUAUAAACUAAUCUGCAUUUUGAUUGGUGAUAAGUUAUUUAAAAAAUGUCUAGAACAGGGAAUAUGGCGGGAUGAAAUAUUCAAAUUUAUAGCAUAGAAAACAUGUAUUUCAUGAUUGUUUCAAAUAAUAAGACAGCAAGUAUUUGUUACACAUAUUUGGAUAAGAAAUAUAUCACUUGUGAUACUUUUCUGAUUUUAAUAAACUUUUUAACUGGUUUGGUAUCAGUAUCACAGCUGAACAGAAAAUUACUGUAAUAAUUGGUGUUGGUUUGAUGAUUUAUCGACCAAAUUAAUUAAUCAAUUUUAAGACGGACACAAGAAAACCAGAGCUUUUCAUAAGCAGUGCCAUAGGAUUUUUCAUGUGGUAUGAUUCAUUUAAAAUAUUUUCCAUCAAGUAUAUCAUCAGAUAAUUUUGAUUAUAACAUUUAAGAUUUUCCAUACUACUGAUAAGGCCUUCACUUUUACUAAUUAAAAAAUAAUUGUUUAAUUAAUAGAUGUACCUGGAAUUACCAUAUAAAGUAUAUAUUGAAGCACAAUGUAUUUCAUUUGAUUGUAGAGUUAUAUUCUGAUUUCUUUGAUAAACCUGUGAGGUUACGAACACCUGGUACUUUAAUAUUGGAUUCUAUAUUGAGGUUUCUAUUGCUACUGAAUGUGAAUUUUGCAUGUUAAAUAAUUCCAAUUUGAUCUAUCAAUUAACCUAGCUAACUUAUAACUGGUAUUUGGUUGUGAUUUUAACAUUGAUUUCUCAACAGUAAUUUUGCUCUUCAUUUUCAUUAAAGAGAUGGAAAUAUUUGUUUAAUGUUAAAAAAAAGUAAAUUGAAAAAUAUCAUUAUGAUUUUUUGUUCCAUUUGGAAAGAAAUCAAUACUUAAUUUGUUUUGAAAAGUUUUGGUCUGGAUAUGCUCACUUUCCUUUGCUUUAUCCCAAUAUAUGUUAUGUAUGUUUUUAUUUACAUUGUUAACUGUUGUUAUGUACUGAUCCUAAUCUGGAGUACUGUAUAUGAUUAAUAAAAUCUUUUCAUCACAUUU